AUGUCGACCAGUUAUGCAGUUAAAGAGUUGAUUACUAGUUACCGGAUUGAUUUUGAGUGGGGUGAUCGGAAAUGGGCACUAAACAUUCCAACUUCAUUAUUUAUAUUAAUGUGGUACAAAUAUCCGGCAGCGCAAAAGAUUGACUUCUGUAAUAAUAAGCAAAACGCAUCGGGAAAUCAUGAAAUCGAUGAAAACAGAAUUGGCAAACUGAAGAGAUGGUUGGCAGAGAAUCAUAAAUAUCAUAGAUUGAUCAAGCAGUUAUACUUUUCAAAUGAAUCAGAGAUAAAUUCCGAUAAAAACACUCCUAAAACCGUAUUGAAUAAAACUUUCACGACUACAGCAACAAAGAAUAAUCAGAAAUAUGCAAAACGUGCUCUUGAACAACCACGUGUUCUUGAACAACCAAGUAAUGUUCCGAUAUACUCGUACAAAGUUGUUGAGACUGAGGUAAAAGAUGGUAAGUCGAUAUUUUUAGUCAUUGAAUUAGUACUAGAAGUUAUAUUUUUUAUUAUUGAAAUAGUUUCCAUCUUAUUAAAAGAGUCUUGA